UCAGUGGUCACACUUCAGAUAAGUCAGCUUACCGGGUUUAAUUUGGCGUUCAAUUAAUUUAUUUAAAAAGAAAAACUGCCAUGGCCACUUACGAGGAAGUCAAGGAUGUUCCAAACCACCCGGAAACGUACCUGGUCGAUGUCCGCAACGAGUCCGAGCUGAAGGAGACGGGAGUCCUGCCCGCCAGCCUGAACAUUCCACUGGCCGAGUUGGAGAAGGCUUUGAACUUGCCGGACAAGGACUUUGCCCAGACCUAUGGACGCGAAAAGCCGGCCAUCGAUGCGACCCUGAUCUUCUCCUGCAAGGCGGGAGGACGAGCUGCCAGGGCAGCCAAUUUGGCCAGCACCCUGGGCUUCACCAACGCCAAGGCUUAUGCCGGAUCCUGGACGGAGUGGGAGGCGAAGCAGUCUAAAAAUCUAUAAAAAUUUGAUUAAAAAAAUCCUAUAAAAUUUGAUAUACUAUGUACAAUAAAAGUAAAUAGAACAAGCUA